CCCUGUGUGUGGCCGGUGCUGCUCUCACCGAAGCACCGUGUGAUCAGGGCAUCCUCAGGGAGAUCCAAGCAGCAGAGGUGCCCGUGCCGGUGCCGCAGACCUGCGGGCACGGCUGCCGUUCAGCACGGAGCGCAGUGUCUGCCCCGGCGCCAUGACUCGGGACGAGCCGGGCAGGGAGGAGCUGGGCUAUGACCGCAUGCCCACCCUGGAGCGGGGCCGGCCGGACGCCGGGAGCUGCGCGGACUCCAAGCCCGGCGACCUGCAGCUGUCCUCACGGCUGCCCUCGUGCUUCAGCCACAAGAUGUGGGUCUUCUCUGUGUUGAUGGGGGGCUGCCUGCUGGUGACCUCCGGGCUCUCGCUGUACCUGGGAAACGUGUUUCCUUCCGAGAUGGAUUACUUACGCUGCGCUGCAGGCUCGUGCAUCCCCUCGGCGGUCGUGAGCUUUGCUGUUUCCCGCAGAAAUGCCAACGUGAUUCCCAAUUUUCAGAUGUUGUUUGUUUCCACAUUUGCUGUGACCACUACAUGUCUGAUCUGGUUUGGAUGCAAACUUGUCAUGAAUCCGUCAGCAAUAGACAUCAAUUUCAACCUGGUUCUGCUGCUGCUGCUGGAACUCCUCAUGGCGGCCACAGUGAUCAUCUCGGCGAGGUCCGGCGAGGUCACCGCUCAUUUCUCUCAGGGUUCCAUCUGUGACAGCACCAGCAUUUUGUACGACGUGACGUUUCCGGCGCGGGUCCUGAAGUCCUACUCGGUCAUCGAGGUGAUUGCUGGUGUCUCUGCCGUCCUGGGUGGGGUCAUCACUCUGAACGUGCACGAGGCCGUCUCGAGCCCGCACCUCUCGGUGACGUUCUUCUGGAUCUUAGUGGCUUGUUUUCCCAGCGCCAUUGCCAGUCAUGUGACAGCCGAGUGCCCCAGCAGGUGUCUGGUGGAGGUGCUGGUGGCCAUCUGCAGCCUCACAGCGCCACUGCUCUUCUCGGCCGCCGGGUACCUGACCUUCAGCGUGAGGAGAGUCGUGCAGGUGUUCGAGGACUACCCGCCCGCCCUCAAGCAAUCCUACGACGUGCUGCUGCUGCUGCUGCUGCUGGAGCUCCUGCUGCAGGCCAGUCUGCACACGGGCACCGUCAUCCUGUGCGCCCGCUUCACGGCCGGCCCGCAGGCGCGCCCCGCUGCCCAGGUGGCCAGAAGCCCCCUGAAGGAGUUCGACAAGGAGAAAGCCUGGAGGGCCGUGGUGGUGCAGAUGGCGCAGUGA